AUGAAUUCAACAAAAUCAGAGAUUAGCAUGGAAGAGUUAAUAGCACUUGGUAGUCACGUCGGAGGAAAUAUACCGGAGGACAGCGCUGAGUUCGAGAGAGAAGUGCAGGACUUCAUAGAGAUCCCUCACCCGAUAAGGUCUAGGAUAGAUGAGGAUCCCAUAGUGAUAAGACCUCGCGAAAGUUCGUGAGUAGUGCACCGAAAAGGAAAAAGGGAACCGCACCACAAUGGAAAUACUCAGAGCGUCAAAGGGAAGUGGCCGAGUUGAUAGCCCUAGCCUAUGACAGACUGAGAGGAACACUAGGAGUGCCGGAGUUCUCAGGUGGUACAGCGAAGACCGACUCAGGGAUCAUCCAGAGGGAAGUAGAAAAGAUAAAGUCGGAGCGGGACCCAGUGGUACCGAAGAAGAGAGGCAGACCUCCUAAGGCCAAGGUAGAGGGAGAACCUAAGAUACCGAAGAAGAGAGGCAGACCACCAAAGGCUAAGGUAGACGGAGAACCCAAGAUACCAAAGAAGAGAGGCAGACCUCCAAAGGCCAAGGUUGAGGAAGAACCCAAGAUACCUAAGAAGAGGGGUAGGCCACCGAAGACAGUUGAACCAAAGAAGACGAUCUCCGAACCCAAGAGAGAGACUGUAGCUGAAAGGCUAUUAAGACAAAAGACAGCUGAACCCAAGAGACCAAGUGUAGCGGAUAAGUUCAAAGCGCAGAAACUGGUGAGACCCACAAUACUCGCAUACAGUGUGGUAACAAAGGUGGGGCCGGGUAGGUACAACAUAGAGGUGAACCUAAACAGAGAGAAACCCCCGAGGCCCACUAGGAAGGCACCUGACAUACCAGAGGGUGUAAGUCCAUGGAGACCAGUACCGAAGCCGAGGACAGUGUUCCCUAGGGAGAGGCCCAUACCGAAGCGUAUGGGUUUGUGCGACUUAUAUAUUGAUAGGUUAUACAUUCAGUCUAUACAUAAAUGUAUGUGAUAUCCACUAAAACUAAGGGACAAUAAAUUUAACAUAUAGUUACGUUUCUGGUAUUUACUGCAUAUAUUUAAAAUAUCAAGUGACAACUAUAUGAAUGUGAAUUAUGCAUUUUGACACACGUUUUCCAGGUGUGGUAAAUCAAUGUGUAAUUUUUCUCAGUGUCAUACAUAACGGUGUACCACCACCAAUGCACUAAGACUGUGAUAAUAUCCCCAGUUAUAGGUGUAAUACAAACCAAUGAAAUGGACUUGAAAGAACGUGUGUUGCUUAGUAUUCUAACCUACUUCAGGCAAUAUUUAGCGCGAUAAUUUUAAAAUAUUCCACGGUGUACCAUUUUAACCCUACAAAAGGUUAUAUAGACUAUAUAUAUAUAUAUAUAUAUAUAUAUAUAUAUAUAUAUAUAUAUAUAUAUAUAUAUAUAUAUAUAUAUAUAUAUAUAUAUAUAUAUUCUUAUAUGUUCACGGCUCACGCUGUACCGUGGUACACCGUCAAUGCGCAUGCGCUAUUAAUUAUACGACAAUAACAAAAUCGGAUUAGUCAUUUAGCGCGGCGGUCACGCAAUAUAUUUUCAGUCAACAGCUAAGCGUUUGUCUGUCUAACAACACAAACAGGGCCGUAGCUAAGCAUGCAUAGUUGGGGGAGGGGGGGUGUAGGCCAAAAAUAUCCGAAUGACGAAAAAAAUUUCCGAAUAUUUCAUGGCAUACGAAGCCACGAAGGUGUUUUCUAUCCGGAAAAUGAAAACGCAAUUUACAAACAAAAAUACUCGUAUUUUAUACUCGUAUUUUACGCACAGGCAUAUUACAGAAGCGUGCAGUUCGGUAGGAAGUUCUUUUUGAUAAGGGGGUGGCGAGGGCCGAAGGCCCGAGGAAAUUUUUAAAUUUAGAGUCUCUGAAAUGCCACUUCGUGGACUUUGGGGGAAGUUUUGACAGAAUUCUGAUGGUCAGAAAACAGAGUUUUAGCACGUCAAAAUUUACAAUUAAUUUGCUUACAAUUUAGAAGAACUAAAUGGGCGAAAGCGUAUAUGGGUAAUAUGAUUUUUUGCGGUUUGUCAUGGGUAUAAUGUAGCCGCUUCAAAUUAAUCAAUUGUCAGUAUUUUAAAGAUAUAUUGAGGGCUGCCCCCUCCCCCCCCCCCGUUGCUACGGUCCUGGGAAGUAAUAAACCAAAAAACAUUUUACCGAGUCUACGAUUUGUUAAAUGUUACCAUGUAAAUGCCGUGAUUUUGUAAAUCAGUUUAUGAUACUGACAAUACAAUAUAUUUUAUAAUAUUUUCUCUGUUUAAACAACUAAAAUUUUGUUAUACUAUUACUGCCGUAAUUUUCCGAAUGACCAACCCGAUUUUCCGAAUAUGUUAAUUCUAAAAAAGUUGGGGGGGGGUUAACCCUCCCCCCCAAUACCCCCUUCGCUACGGCCCUGAACACAAAUAAAUAUGGAUUAACGUAUUUUAGAAUAUUCUUACUGUAAAAUAGUUGGUAUAUACACUACUAAGUACAUUGACAAGCUAUCGAAGCAUAGCAUUGCACGAGGGUCAGUUAUAUUACCUUGUCGACCAUAUGGUAUUUAAUUUGCUUCUUGAAUUUGAAAGAUACAGACAAUCCCGGACAAAACAUCUGCGACACUUCCAAUUACUUGACAAUAUUAUCGCAAAUUUAGAAAACCUCCCCCUUUCCCCCACCAUUCAAUCUUGAUUGCAUUCGUAGAAUACGAAUAAAACGUCCAACAUUGUUUUGGGGGGUGGAGGGGGCAAACGAGUAAAUUAUUCCGCUCUAACUGGUAAAAAAAGCCAUAAAGCAAUGUUUUACUGUCGCAGAUGGUUUUGUCCAGGAUUGUAGCUCGAGCGAGUCGACUCGCUGCGAGUGCUUUCAUCCAGCUACAAUGCUUGACAGUUUAUUUCAAUUUAUAGUGCAAGCACUCGCAGCAAGCUUGCUGGUUUUGCGAUGAGUAGAACUUCUUGUCGAUGGCUUUUUUUGUAUACAUGCGUAGUCGAAACAGUUAUGACUUGUGAGGAAAUUGAAAUAUUUUUGAGUUAUGAAUUAGUACUGUCAUGUAAUUUUUCGUGCCAAGAUCAGGAGAUGCAAUCAGGCCCGGAGCUACGGGGGGGUGUGGGGGUGUGUGACACCCCCCCAGUAAUUGUAUUUAGUCGGCAGGACUGCUAUUCAGUCGGUAGGACUGCUAUUCAGUCGGUAGAACUGCUACUUGGGUUAAAUAUUUUUGGCGCAAAGGGCAAGAACGUGGUGGUAAUUUUAGGAAAAUUUUGAGGAAAAAUGUAAAAAUUUUGGAAAAAAUGUUAAAAAAUGUUGAAAAUUUGCUAUGUGCGAAAAAUUUUUGAAUGUUCCGGAAAAAUUUUGUACGUCCGGAAAAAUUUUUUUGGACCCCUAAAAUGGUACACUGACCGAAAUUUUUUUGGCGACGGGGGGGGGAUGUCGCCGAAAAAAUUUUGUUCCGGAAAAAUUUUUUGAACCAGUCGGUUGAAUUGAAUUACACCCCCCCUGAAGAAUUUCCUGAGGACGGCCCUGGAUGCAAUUUCGUGCAAGCGCGACCUCAGAACCUGGGUAAUCGUUUUCGUUCGUUUUACUCCUUACAAUGGAGACAAUUACAGUACAAUGCGUUGUAUAAUUACGAUAUGCGAGUCGUCUUGCCUCCCGGCUAUGGCUAUGGCUAUGCUUCCCUGUGACUGUGUAUAUCCUUGGCAUUCGGCUUGCCCUUUUGGUCAUUUACUCAUUUUGGAGAAUGAAAAUACUCGCUGUGAAUAUUUGAACAAACCAUAGUAAACCAUAUUAACUAUGAACAAACAGACAGUUGCUCUGUAGCAUAUUUAUAUAUGGGCAUAUAAAUAUGAGUAUUUCUUAAUUUACUUACGCCAACCCAGCUUGACUUCUGAUUGGGUUUUGUCUUCUUCUAGUGACGCUGAAUCGUAUGAUCUGAAUGAUCUCUUCACGUCUGGCAUGUCUGCUUUGCAUGCUGUGCACGUGGACUUCACAUGUCUUGCCCGAAGCAGUAUGCCACUGCCCACGUGUACGAUUUGUCGCCCAAUCAGAUUGCGAAUUUAUAAUCGCGAGUUGCUAGAAUACCGGCGAAUAUACGCCGCUAGCUUCAUUCACAUGUUGAGAUAGAAGCUGAGUUGGACUUUGUUCAGAAAAUUUACUCGAGAAAUUCAUGGCUGCUGUCGACUGCAUGCCUGACAAGGUUUGUGUGGCUAUAGAUUAUUAUAUUUACCUGGUUCAAAGAAGCAGAAGUUAUCAAUUUGUUAUACGUUUGUUUAUAUUCUUAUCAAGGAUGAGGAGUUAGCGGCAGUGUGUGCUCCAGCUGAUGAUGGCGAUCAUGUUAUCAAUGAAAAGGCAGCUGACCCAUGGGAACUGCCAGAGUUUACUCAUACAACGAUUCCAUGGAGAGGUAUUGGAAAAUAUCAUUAUUAUUGUUAAUUUAAAUUUUUCCACAGUAAUGAAUCGAAGCUGUCAGCUGUGCAGUACAAUUUAGAUAGAUUUGUACAAAUGUUUAUAGUUUUAUUAAAAAUGGCGCAUUUUUUGUAUAAAUACUAUUUUCAGAGUUAUCAACUCGCGGGAAAGUGAAGCGUGUCACCAUUGGAGUUGUGAAAUUUGCCUUGCUGACUGGCUUAAUCUAUCUAUUUAUUUGCUCGCUAACUUUCCUCAGUUCAGCGUUUCGUUUGCUGGGUGGCAAAACCGCCGGUGAAGUUUUCUCGUCGGAUAGUUUGCUUGUCAAUCCUUUGGCUGCUCUGGUUAUUGGCAUUCUUGUGACGGUUGUAUUUCAAAGUUCAUCAACAACGACCUCGAUCGUCGUGGCUAUGGUUUCCUCAGGAAGUAAGUAUCAAAAUAAACAUAUAAAAAAUACCGUUAAUACUUCAGUGCCAUACCGGUAUUUCGUAAUCUCGUUUUAUAUGACAAGCACACACGUGCGAUUUUCUAUUCCUACAGCCUGCAUAUUCAUUUUAUAUUUGAAAAUCCAAAUUAUACGGUCUGAUGUAUGAUCGGAAUUCCGUUUUAAAAUUGCCUGCUUCGUAUGACGCGAGAUGGUCUAAUAUUAACCAGCCCAAGAGGUUUGAUACUACAGUUGUACAAAUAUAUUGUUGUGAAAUCAAAUAUUGUGCAAUUUUUUAAAGUUAAUAUUUAACAUUGUGUGUUGUAAUUGGUCGAUGAUCAUCUAUUUUCAAUUGUUUUAGCUCAGCGCAUGUUGUUUUCAAAUAUAAAUUUAUUGUUGAUACUCAUUCCCUUGAUUUGGCUGCUGAAAUUACUUAG